CCUGUCGUGUCUGACUCAAGCAAGUGCCUGUUGCUUGCGAGGCUGCUGUUUGCUUUGGAUCCAUAAUGAGAGCGCAAUUCUGCUCUGAUAAUGGUUAUCUAUGAAACUAAAUGGUAACAGCGUUGUUUACUGCUUUAACGCCGGAGUGAUGGGGUGGAAUCGCGACCCGGUGGAUUGGAGAAGUGCCUGUGCAUUUUUGUUUAUGGUCGUCUACAGGAGGGUUUAAUUUUUCAUUCUCAAGUGACGGAUGUCUGUCGAAGUUUGAAACUAGACACAUGCUAUUGUCCUCGUUAGGGCUGCUGUUUACUUGAACCGGGCUCUUGGGUAAUUUAGCAGCAGUAUGUAAUCGCUGAUGGGGACAUUGUAUGUGGCAGCUGGAAUUCAGUCAUCGUUGUCUUGGGGGGAAAAAUACUGAACAUAUAUACAGAUCUACAUUCUUGAUAGUUAUUUUUAUCAACAAUGUCUAUUAAAAAGGUGUCAUUGACGGAUAAUGAGGGAAAAAAUGGAACGUCAAGAAAUGUGCUCGAAAGAUGUGCUUCAGUUAAUGAAUAUUUUGACAUUUCUUUCAAGGUAAUGCUGCUGGGAGACUCGGCUGUAGGGAAGACAUGCAUCCUGGUGCGCUUUAAAGACGGUGCCUUUCUGGGAGGCAACUUCAUUGCCACCGUGGGAAUAGACUUUAGGAACAAGGUGGUAACAGUGGAUAACAUGAAGGUCAAACUGCAGAUUUGGGAUACGGCAGGUCAGGAGAGGUUUCGCAGUGUCACUCAUGCAUACUACCGAGAUGCACAGGCUCUCCUGCUUCUGUAUGACAUCACAAGAAAGUCGUCCUUUGAUAACAUCAGGGCUUGGCUGACUGAAAUUCAUGAGUAUGCACAGAAGGAUGUGGUCAUCAUGUUGCUUGGCAACAAGUCAGACAUGGCAGCUGAGCGAGUCAUCAAGCAUGAAGACGGACAGAAGCUGGCUAAGGAAUAUGGAGUUCCAUUCAUGGAGACAAGUGCCAAGACUGGUGUGAAUGUAGAACUCGCUUUCCAUGCUAUAGCACGAGAGCUGAAGCACAGAGCAGCAGAGCAGCCUCAUGAACCCAAGUUCCAGAUUCAUGAUUACAUUGAGUCCCAGAAGGAGAAGUCCACUUGCUGCGGUGGACUCAUGUGACCACUCUCAUCUAAACACACACACACACACACACACACACACACACACACACACACACACACACACACACACCCCACACCAAGACCAAAAGGAAGUUUCAGAGUGGCACCAACAAAGGAAUGAGUGAAUGGAAGCACUGAUGACAAUAGAAAAGCGGAAGUAAAUUUAGAUUGGUGCAGACGUUUUGAAAUCUGUGUUUGUUGCUUGUAUCUGACAUUAAACUCAUCUCCCCUUUACUGUCUGGUACAUAUUUUUAUAAACUGUCUUUCUUCUCUGCCUGUAAUGUAAGGUAAAGGAGUUUAUUCUGGAUGAGCAAGAAGAGUAACUUUUUAUUUUUGGUUUAGGACCUGAAGCAAGCAGAAUCUCUGAAAUAUGCUGUUAAUUAGUUAAUUUGUGAGGAUACCAUGAUUUACAAUCAUGAUGUGUUAAAGGUAUCAGUACUGGAGUCCUACAUGUUGUUUCUAAUUUUCAACCACUAAUAUAGAAAACCCAUGAUUGACUAAUUUUGUACAUUGGAGUCUGUGCUUUUCAGUGACAUGACAAUGAUAAAAUAUUUGUGUUUGGUGAUAUUGUGUGGGCCCAAGGCUAAAUGUGUUACAUGUGCUGCUGUAAAGCUUUAUAAGAAGCGAAACCAUGAACUUUUAUACCAUUUUAACUGUACUCUCAAAUGUUACUGUAUUUAUUUUCUCUUGGCAUGUAUAAAUGACUUUUCAGGAAACCUUUCAUAGACACCAGAUGUGUGUAUUGUCAUGUUUUGCUCAUAAUUGUAACUCAAUCAAAUCUGUAUGACCAUCUGCUUUGUAUAUUGGAUUUGUGAAGAAUGAUCUGAAUAUUAUCAGCUUUUGUUAAUGAAUUGCAUUUUGAAAAAUAUUUUUAGAUUACUGCCACAGGUCUAAUUCAGUUGUUACUGGUUAGCUUUUGAUGUUACACUGAUAACUUUCUGUUUCAGAGAUCACAAAGUGCCAAGACAAAGUGCUUUGUAACUGUAUACAUAAUGUAUAAAUCUAUUUUGUAAUGUAGAGGAUUAUUGUUUGUGUUACUUCUUGUUAUAUUCUGUUUUAUGAGUGUUGAUCUUUAUUGUCCAACUAGUAUUACCCCAUAAGGAACAUUAUGUUAUACAAAAUCUUGCUACACUAAGUGUUUUGUGUGGUUACACCAUACCUGAGCCUCUCCAUCUGACACGGGGCAGUCAAUACAAAUUCCACAGUUCUGGAGCUGAUGUCAUGCUACGAUUAUCACAAUUUGCACAAAACAUUAAAAAAAAAAAAAAAAAGCCUACCUGUAUAAAACUAGUAAAUUUGGAGUGAAACAUUGGUAGCUAUAAGGAAAGCAUAGAUUCUGUAUUUUAUUUGGAGGAUGAGCAUUCAUAAUCUGCAGAUUCUGACACAAACAGAAAGUUGCUCAUAUAUGGAAGAUAAUGGGGAUCCAAAUAAAGAAUGAAAAAUAAAGUAUAUAAUGGUUGCUCAUUUUACCAACCAUCAUCAGGCUGGGUGAUUGUGUAUAAUUUAAGGAUUAAUAAGGACAUCUCUGCUUACAGGCACAGAAAGGCCAGAAGUCAUGAUGAAACACUGGCAAAUUAUUUGGAUUUAGGACCUGAAUGAGGCGAAUCUAAAGAAUUCUCCAUCCAUCCAUCCAUCCUUUUAUUUAUUUAUUUAAGGUAUGCGUUCUAUUGGAAUUUUCUGUUUUCUUGGUUUUAACGUUUGCCUUUUAUUCUUUGCCUUUUAUGUCUUUGGAUUUAGUAGCCAUAAACAAUGAGACCUAAUAAAUGUGAAAAAAAGCAAGUGGCUAGUUUUGCAGACAUUUUUUUUAAAAUAUGUAUUGGAAGACACACUGCCUGAUGGCAAGUCUUAUCUAUUAAAAAAAAAAGCCAGCUCACAUAUUUAAAAAAAAAUCCACGAUGUAGAUCUUUUAUAAAUCUCACACCGUAUGUAUUAAGCAACUUUUGUAUUACAUAUCUACCCUUUUUAAAAUCGAACUUUUAUUCUGGAAAAAGAAAAAUACUUCCGGCGACACCUUGUAAAACAGGAUAACCCAUUUCUCAAACUGGCUUAUUUAUUUGUAUGUUUAUUUGUUUUUUGUUUUUUUUUUUGUUUUUUUGAAGGUGUACUAAAGCUUGUAGACGACUUGCUGUAUUUUGUAAUUACUCGACUAUGGCCUCUCUCCAAAUUGAAAUAAAAGACGAUAAGAUCUAUACAUAUUUCGACAGUAUAAAUAUUAGCGGAGAGACAGAAAGAAUAACUAUCGAGGAAGAGGUGGAUAAUGCAAACAUUCAGGGCGAGGGACAAAAUGUGACGGUAAAUAUCAAAGAAGAAAAAAGUCCUGUCGAAAUUGGGACAAGGUCGGACAAUCCAUCGGAAAUUGAGGUGAAGUUGGAGCAAAGUAGUGAAUCAGAUGACAAUUCUGAUAGAUUGUCUGUUACUCAAAGUAGGGAUGCUGGAAAAAGACCACUGCCCCAUCAGCUGCCUUCACAUAGGGUCCCCUUCCAAGGUACCUGUACUGGGAAUUUACUACAGAGGAGGAGAUGGCAAAUGGAAGAUUUCAAGUUUGAAGAUGCCAGUGGUGUGAUAUUUGAAGGGAAAGGUGAAAUGGUGAAGUGUGGAACAUGUGGUGAAAGAUUCUUCAGAAUUGUCUCGCACCUAAAGAGUAAUUCAACAUGUGCUUUAAAAAUUGAUCUAGAGGAAUUUCGAAAGCAGUUAAAUCGUUACAAUUCCAGGAAAAGAAAGAGAAAGUCAGAUGAUAUAGCCAGAGAGAAGGACAUAGAAGCUUUCAGGCAGGAAUUAAGGAGAAGGAAAAGGAAGUCUGAUGACAAAGCCAGAGAGAAGGACUUAGCAGCUUUCAGGCAAGAAUUACGGAAACGAAAAAGAAAGUCUGAUGACAAAGCCAGAAAGAUGGACUUAGCAGCUUUCAGGGAAGCUGCAAGAAGACGAAAAAAGAGAUCUGAUGUUUCUCUGUGUAGAAAAGAUAAGAUAUCCUUUAUAGCGAAAAAACAGGAUCCAGUAUCAUCAGAUUCAGACAGAAGUUUGGAAUGAACUGAAAAAACGAAGAAGAAUCUGAUUAAUCAUAACUCACAAACAACUGCACAUUUCAGCAAACAUAGCGCCAUCCUUUUUGUCCAAGAAAAGAAUAACAUAUUUAAAGUUCUUUGAACAUUAUGAAUUGUUAAAUAGAACAGAUUAUUGACAGCAGGAACAUCUUUUGUUCCUCAAUUUCCUCAAGAGUUGUGGCCAUGCUAACUGCCAGUUUUUUAAUUACUUCAAAAAUAUGUUUAACAGUGUUGCAUAGAAUUGGUUCCCCAGGAUUGUCUGCUAAUUCAUUCAGGAGCCAAUGAGACUGAGGGUCUUUCAUCAUCAGCAGUUUUCAGAAAUGUGACAGACAAUCCAAAUAUAGAUUUAACAGAACAAUUUGACAUUACAGAAGGCGUCUAAAAAAUAGGAGAACAUGGAAAUGGAGGAAAUAAGGUAUGUGACCAAAGAUAAUAUAAGACCAGUUUAACUAUGAUCGAGCCACAUGUAUUACUCUGGAGUUUCCUGAGGACAGAAUGACAUCUAGUGAAGAUGGUUAAAAAAAAAAAAAAAAAUGAAAAGGGGAGAUUCCUACCAAAAUUCUCAAGAAGAGAAAGAGAAACACCAUAUUUUUUUAAUAUUUCCCCCCAGAUUUGAAUAGAAUACUUCAAGGAUAAAAAAACAUUCCUCUCACACCACAGGAAAACUCUGAACAGAGGGUGACAAACAAACAACUGACUUGUGUUCUUUGUGUGUUACUGUCUUUCUUGAGAUGUCACAAGAUAUCUGAAGAAAACCAAAACAGAAAUGUUUCCCAAAAGUGACAACUUUGACAGAUAGAUUAUAUACACGUACUCAUUACUUCUGCAGAUUUGAGAUAGGGGGAUAGCAGUUUUGUAGUAAAGAAGAACUCUAGAGGAAGCCAUAAAUGACUGAAAUAAAUUUCUUAGAAAUUAUUCUGAUGAAUCUGUCCUCGAGUAGCAACAUGCAACUUCAUUAAUUAGUCAACAUUUUCAGUAUAAAUAUAAACUAGACUGUAACAGGUCUGAAAAGACGUGGUAAAUCAAUUCUGGAAGUGUUUCUUCCGCUUUAGCCAAACAUUCAUCUGUAUUCUUUUGCUGUUUAUAGCACGAUCAUAUCACACACCUAUUUUACGGAAAAGGGUAAAACUAGAAAAUAUGAGAAUAAUUUCAAUGAUUCUAAACGUAUUUGGGGAAAAAUAAGCUUUUUACUUAUGUUAUUGGUUUUUAUCAGUGCUAUAUGUUUCUAUGGAACAUACUAUAAUACCCACAAGUGUGUCCCUCACAAGCAAUGAGAUCUUUUCUGUGUUAUACAAGUCACAUUAUACCAAGCAACAUGUUAUAAACUGUUACAGCAAAAGUUUUGAUUUGGUAGCUAGCUGUUAACUGGCUAAUGAACAUCUUGUGAACAUCUUUAAAAGGAACUGAAUACAGUCUUUCUUGCUUGUAUGAGGAAAAUACAGUGUAACAUGGAAUUGAUAGUCUUUUUACUUUUUAUGGUUUUCUUAAACUUAAAAUGUAAUAGGUUUAUCAGUUAUAUUAAUUCCAUGAUAUCCAAGACUGAAUCAGUGGAACCAUAUAAAACCACAGUAUUUUUGAAAUAUCUGUGCUAUAAAUCCAUUGUUGCCUCUUGCUUCAGGAUCCAUGAUAGCCAGAGAACCAUGUGACAGCCCUGUCAACACCAAAUGAUACAGAUGGAAAGGUGAACUUGUAUGUCAUGGGUUAGGGCACAACCACGGCAUUGCCACGGCAUUGUAAGCACAAGGAAAAGAAUAUCAAAGAAGAAACGAAUCCAGUCAAAAUCAUGAUUAAUGUACAGAAUCCAGCUGAAACUGAGGUGACAUUAAAGGCGGGUUGCGACUCAGAUGACAGCUCUGAAAGUGUGACUGUUUAAAA